UCAGUUGCUCAGUGUUUCCACUGAUCUCACAUCAGUGCAGCGGCUCAGAGAAGAUGGCACUGGCCGACACAGAGCGCGGAGUGUCCAACUGCAGCGAUUUGGGUUCCCCGUUUUCAGAGAUCAUUGAGCUGAAUGUCGGCGGACAGGUCUAUGUUACCAGACACAAAACUCUCAUCGCCGUCCCAGACUCGCUGCUGUGGAACAUGUUCACCAAGAAGUCACCAAAAGAGUUGGCGAAAGACAGCAAAGGGCGCUACUUCUUGGACAGGGACGGAUUCUUGUUUCGCUACAUCCUAGAUUAUCUCCGAGACCUGAACUUGGUCCUCCCGGACUACUUCCCCGAGAAAAGUCGACUGCAGAGGGAGGCCGACUUUUUCCAGCUGCGGGACCUUACCAAACGCCUCAGCCCCCGGGUGAGUAAGGACAAUUCAAUCAGCGAGGAGAUCAGCCAGAGUGACACGGAGGAAGGUGCGCAGCAGUGCAGCUCCUCCGGUGGCAUGGAGACGUUACGCGCCAUGUCGGUCAGCGGGGCUACGCGCUCCCCGUCACUGGACUCCAGAAAGUCGGGCUAUAUCACGAUAGGAUACCGUGGCUCGUACACCAUUGGCAGAGACAUCCAAACCGACGCCAAAUUCAGGAGAGUGGCGCGCAUCACGGUUUGCGGGAAGACAGCCCUGGCCAAAGAAGUGUUUGGGGACACGCUGAAUGAGAGCAGAGACCCGGACAGGCCCCCGGAGAGAUACACAUCACGGUACUAUCUCAAGUAUAAUUUUCUAGAGCAGGCAUUUGACAAGCUGACAGAGGUGGGCUUCCACAUGGUGGCCUGCAGCUCCACAGGCACCUGCGCCUACACCAGCAAUGACCCAAACGAGGACAAAAUUUGGACCAGCUACACUGAAUAUGUCUUCUGUCGGGAUCAGUAAACUGUCACAUUGAUGUAAAUAGACAUUUCUUAAUCUAGAUGGGGAUGUCUUAAUAGUAUUGCAUUUGCUGUGUUGAAUGGUAACGUUUGUCAAGGGCGAGUGACUGCAAAAUACUGCUCCAUUAUUCUAAGAAUAGACUAAUAGAAGUAGCCUUUUACCACUUCUGUGGGUAAACCAGAGACACACAAUGCCACUAAAUAGACUCUACACAAACAAAUGGAAUUUGAGUGUUCAAAGUAAGCAAAGCAUAGUUUGAGUUGACACAACAACAAAAUACCAUAAUCAUCUCAACCUCACAGAGCUGCAUAUCAAUGUUUCAGUCAGUUCUGACUCAGAAAUGUGUCAAUUGAGCAGCGUCCAAGAACAGACAAGCAGCAAUUAGUAUUCAGUGUCAUUGUAAUUUCUAGGCUUGCUUGAUCACGUGUGUGGCAGAGUUUUGUAUGAUCUAUUAGGCUCUUAUACAUAGCAGUUCUAUGACAUGCUUGUAAGUGUAUGUGCUUGCUUGGUAGAGUUGUAUUUAAACCUGUUCAGAUGAAAUAAAAUCUUGUAUUUGGCUAUUCUCAGCCCCUUUGCCAA